AUGUACCGAAAAUCAGAUACAUUUCAGAAUGGAGAAAUUUGUCAUGUGGCGCAAUCUGAGCAAGUCUUUGUUAACGGCCCACAAUUGGAAGACCUUGAUGUAGAAACUUUUGUUUUUAUUGACUUAGAAACUACGUGUUUGGCACCACGCAAAGAUAAAAUAGCAGAAAUAUGUAUGGUUGCUAUUCAUAGAGACCAAUGUACACCAUAUUUAGUUGGCGACUCUAACAUUGACGUUCCCAGGAUUGCUGACAGGCUCAGAUUAGCCGUGGAUCCUACUUGCAAUAUUAAUCCAAUGUCUGCUCGACUUAAUAAACUUACCAGAAGCAAGUUACUAAAACGUAACAAACAGCUUAUUACUGAAGAAACCUUGCUGCUUCUGACAGAUUUUUUAGAUCGCCAAUCCCAGCCGAUAUGCCUGGUUGCGUACAGUCAUAACGAAUUUGAUUUCAACUUCUUGCGUGCAUGUAUCGAGAGUUUUAAAAUGGAGAGAAAUUUUGACCGCUAUUUCAGUGCACAGGCGUUGGUGGCGGUACGACAACUUGGAAAAGCCUCAGGAAAAAUUGGUUCCUAUAGCUUGCCAUCCGCAUAUGCCAAUUUUACAAAUAAAUCUUAUAUACAAGGCGUACAUUCUGCAGAAGGAGAUGUGGAUGCAAUGAUAGAAGUUCUGCGAUGUGUGAACGAACCUCACAGCGCCUUGAAACAGUUGGAAGUAAUCAAAAAAUGGUUCAUGAAAAAUGAAAAAAUUAAGCGGAAAUCUAAAACGCCAAGAAAACGGAAGUCCGAGAGACAUGACCCUAAACUUGUAAAAGUCAUAAUCUUGUACGAAUGA